AUGCCUUCCCUGCGCGGGGAAACGGGAGGUCGUCGGGUGAGAGACAAGCGAGAGGCGCUUCCCGUCCCCUCCUCUCGCUGUCCCAGCUCCGUGGGAAGGCAUCCGUCAGCAGAGGAAUGCUUUAAGGGAAGCUGGGCCACUCACAAGUUAUUACACAAGAAAGCAAAAGAUGAAAAAGCUAAGCGUGAAGUUUCCUCUUGGACCUUGGAAGGUGACGUUAACACAAAUCCGUGGUCUGGUUAUCGAUAUACUGGUAAACUCAGGCCACACUAUCCACUGACACCAACGAGACCUGUGCCAAGUUAUAUUCAGAGACCGGAUUAUGCUGAUCACCCGCUAGGAAUGUCUGAAUCAGAACAGGCUUUAAAAGGAACCUCUCAAAUAAAAAUACUCUCGUCUGAGGAUAUAGAAGGGAUGCGAGUAGUGUGUAGGCUUGCUAGAGAAGUAUUGGAUGUUGCUGCCAUGAUGGUGAAAGCAGGUGUAACUACUGAAGAAAUUGAUCACGCUGUCCAUUUAGCUUGUAUUGCAAGGAACUGCUAUCCUUCCCCUCUGAAUUAUUAUAAUUUCCCUAAGUCGUGUUGUACAUCAGUGAAUGAAGUGAUCUGUCAUGGAAUUCCUGACAGGAGGCCAUUGCAGGAGGGAGAUAUUGUUAAUGUGGAUAUUACUGUCUAUCGUAAUGGCUACCAUGGAGAUCUGAACGAGACAUUUUAUGUUGGAGAAGUUGAUGAGGGUGCAAGGAGGCUUGUCCAAACAACUUAUGAGUGCCUAAUGCAAGCAAUCGAUGCAGUAAAACCUGGUGUUCGGUACAGAGAACUGGGAAACAUUAUUCAGAAACACGCUCAAGCAAAUGGAUUUUCAGUGGUUCGGAGCUACUGUGGGCAUGGAAUCCAUAAACUUUUCCAUACGGCCCCUAAUGUACCACAUUAUGCCAAAAAUAAGGCAGUUGGAGUCAUGAAGCCAGGUCACGUGUUUACAAUUGAACCAAUGAUCUGUGAAGGUGGUUGGCAAGAUGAAACAUGGCCUGAUGGUUGGACUGCGGUAACAAGAGAUGGAAAGCGAUCUGCCCAGUUUGAACACACUCUUCUGGUCACUGAUACAGGCUGUGAGAUCUUGACCCGGCGGCUGGAUAGUAUUCGUCCCCAUUUCAUGUCCCAGUGAUAGUCUAGACUGAGCAGGUGGAUCUGAACGAUACAUUUUUUUUUUUUUUUUGUCUCUGUACUAUGCAUUUUUUUAAGAGUACAGAAUAGAGAGAUUUCAUCAUUUACUUUGUUCUCAGUGAUUGUAGAUAAGAGGAAUAUCUUGAAGAACCUGACCCAAUGUCUGGAAAAGCAGAGAAGAACUUAAAGAAUUUCCUGCUUUCCUCCUACCUACAACACUCGUGCUAUAUUUUUCUUAUUUCUUCAGUUAUCUCUUUAGCACCUUUCUUCCAAUUAGACCCACAAUUGCUUCUGUUGCUGCCAUGAUAUUAGCUAGAAAAGUGUGGGUAACCUUUCCCACUGGGACUUGAUAUUUUGGGAUCCAGGUUUUUUUCACCACUUCAGUGUGCCCUGUCUGGUAUGUGAGUGGCACCUGAGAUUUUAAGCAUUUCUAGUUCCAAAGACUUGCUCCUGCUUCUGCAGAUACUGUUCUAAUGGGCUGGGCCUUGUUUGUUUGUCAGUUGAGAAGGGGGCAGAAGGGAGAAAGACAUGCAUGUUGCCAAGAAUAGGCUACCCUUACCUUUAAUUCUGUCC